AUAACUAUCCUUAUACGCUGCCUUCGUCAUCUACGGAGUGUUUUUUUUUUAUAUUGAUAAGUCCCUCCGGAAAACUGUGUAAUUCUGUCCAUUGUCCAGCAAUAACUCAUUUGACUCAUCACUCAGGUGGUAGCAUGCUAGCUAGCUACAACCUCACCUGUUGGGGAUUCUUCAGCUCUAUCCGAUAAUUAAUCCAGAAGGGGAAUUUCAUCAUCAAAAAUGGCAAGAGAAAAGAUAAAAAUAAAAAAGAUAGAUAAUAUAACAGCUAGACAAGUAACCUUCUCAAAGAGAAGAAGAGGGAUCUUCAAGAAAGCCGAGGAACUCUCAGUUCUUUGUGAUGCCGAUAUUGCCCUUAUCAUCUUCUCUACUACUGGCAAACUCUUUGACUUUUCCAGCUCCAGAAUGAAGGAUAUUUUGGCAAGAUACGCUGCGCAGACAAAGAACGAUGAGAAGCCAGCAGAUUCAUUCCUUGAAUUGCAGCUAGAGAACAGCAACAUUGCUAAACUUAACCGAGAGGUUGCAGAAAAAACCCAGGAACUAAGAAAAUUGAGAGGAGAGGAUCUUCAAGGUGUAGAUUUGGAGGAAUUACAAAAUCUUGAAAGGUUGAUUGAGGGUAGUUUGUCCCGGGUUCUUGACGUUAAGGGAAAGCUUAUCAAGCAUGAGAUUAAAACUCUCCAAAACCAGGGAGCUUUGCUAAUGGAAGAAAAUCAAAUGCUGAAAAAGAUGCUUGCAAUAUCACAAGGAAGAAAACCAGUUGUCGUAAAUCAAUCUGAAACUUCUACAAUCAUCCAUGAAGAAGGUGGUCAAUCUUCAGACUCUGUCACAAAUGGCUAUGCCUAUUUUGAAGAAGUGAUAAGUAUCAAAAUGCAUUGUUGGGGACUUGGGAUAAUAUAUGUAUUCAUUACAUAAUGGACCUAAACAAUUAUUGUUGGGCUUGAUGUAGUUUAAGAUUGUAUAAUUUGGGAUGAAUUAACGUGUAAGGUACUUAAAGAAAGUUCCUUCAAUGUUGAUUGGAUUAUGGUGGAUA